CGUACUUACAUGGUUCUUGAGACACUCCGCAGUCUUUCUUUAGAGACAUACUUACAUUCGUCUUUUACUGCAACAGAGACGUAAAGUCUUUUAUCAAUUUCAUAGUACAAUGCCAUUUACAACUUGACAUCACCGCGAUUAUCUAUAAGCCAAAGCCAACUAAUUAACUACAACUGGAUCUGCAACUAGUGAGCCACUACUAAUCCUACCACUUCUACCAGCAGAGUCGCCUUAGUUUAUCCAACAAGGACGAUCAGGAUGGCGCAUUUGGUUGAUUUGUCGGAACAACAGUUCAGGAUUCUGGAUGCUCGAGAACAAUGCAAAAUAGCGAAAAAUGCAGUGGUAGCGGCGAUGGAAAUGGACCAAAAAAUAUUGUACCACUCGUUCCUUGCUGGCGUGUGAAGGAUCCGCUAACCUAACCUAACCUAACCGCCUUCAGUGUAUGACUUACAGUAUAGUUCCCAACUGGUUGAAUACUGCCCGUCGGCUUCGAGCUGAGGCCUCAGGCUUCGGGCUUCCCGCGGGGUAAUUGAAUGGAACUGUUGCGGGAAAUUGUAGACCCAGGCACCAAAAAAAAAGAGGCCGAGUGCAUGAAUGAAGGAAUUCACUUCGUUGCCUUUGAUAAGUGGACAUGGAACAUGUAAAGUCCUGUAUGCUGAGUUCUUGAACAAGACUCCAUUAAUAACAUACAGGAAGUCAUUCGAGGACGCGAUCCGCCAGUAUCAUCGGGCACUACAGUUAAGAAUUCUUCUUGCUAAAGAAUUCCAUCCACCACGAUGUUCAUCCUGGUGGCCUAGUCGCAUCUGGUCUAGAAUAAGCCAAGAAGGAUGAAAUACGAGGAACAAAUUGAUCUCGAAUUUCAUUCCAUCGUGGCUCCUCGGUCGUUUUCUAAGAACAUAUGUGAAUUUGGUCGAAAAUUCGGCCAACGAAGACGCAGCCGAGUUACUUCAAAUCGCAGGCGAAUACUUUUAUGAUGAGCGACCUCUCGUACUCGUGAUUAACCAUAGCCAGGAGUACUCAGGCUCUGUGAUAUGUUGACGAAUCUCUUAUACGCCGUACUAAAACUACUUGUAACUCAUUGAGUUCGUCUAAAACUCCAAAAGGCAAAGAUUUUUGAAGGCCCAGCUAGAAGAAUUUCGAAAGGUCACACCCCCGGAAAACCCCGUUGGUAAUUUUGGUUUUGCGGCGAGAGCGGAAAGUCUAGCAUAUGCCGUCAAAGGUACUUUUUAUGAAGGUUAGAAGAAGAGAGAACGUCUUUCAGAGUCUUGUCUAGGAAUAUAGAUGAACAAUCUGAAACUAUUGCUCGUUGCCUAUUCAUAGUCGUGAAUGCGCACCUCUCCGCAGGGGGGCCGAUUGCUAUCCUAUCCUAAAACUGGAGCCAUUUUGGAAGUUGACCAGGUUCUGUCCUGACGAUACCACAAACAUACAAGCUAAACGAAAAAACCGAAAAGCUGCGGGGUGACCUAGUGGACAACAGUAAGAUAGCAUGGAGCAAAACAGCGACGUGGUGGUCAGGGACAAUGGAAUCAGGCAAGGCAUGGUUACAAGAAAAGACCGGCAAGCCUUCAGACGGGCCACCAGUUACGUUUAGCAUACCACGCGCUGUAAUUUUGAAACCAACUAGGAUAAUAUGGAUGUUGACUCAACAGCGUGGGAGUACUCGUUGUCAACGUCGACGACUCAGGAUUCACGUUGUAGAAAAUGUGUGACAAAAACAUGUUUGAAGUUGAUGCAUAAAGAUUGCGCUAAGUCGCAGACUAUCGUAGCAGAUCCGGCGGGUGCACAGGACCUGCAACUAGCUCGUGAUAACGGUGUGACAGCAGCUAAUCCGACAACAACAGGUACGACGCCGGGGGUCGACCAAGUUCCGCAAGUUUUAUGACUGUAGUUUUUCAUGAUUUCGUGUGACACAAAUCCCUAGUAAGAAGGGUUUCCCAGGAGAGUGGACAUCACGAUCAUUGGUGUCUCACCCUCUGGCGUCAGAGUGAAGAUGAAAUACUGUUAGUAACUUUAAAAGUUGGUGACUUAGACCUACUGAAUGUAGGCGCUCCUGUACCGACACCGGCACAGGCCAGCCUGACUGCGACACGAGCAAGCAACCCGAGCUUGCAGGACGUGGACUUACUGAAGGACUAGUAUAGAUGCAACUUUUAUGGUGUCGUGGACCCAGAAAAAAAAACACGGCGAUCAUGCUAAUGCGCAUGCGUCUGCUCAUGGCGACCGUUGCUCUUAGACCAAGAGAAUUUGAUGGGAAGUGCUAGGGGUUAGUCGAUGACAGACGAAUGGUUAAUACUUGAAGAACCUUAGACAGGAGCGGACCAAACCAACCUCACCUUCAAACGCAAAUUAGGUUAACGACCGCCACAACUACCAUCGAAGGGCUUAAGCUUCCAGAGAGAGAGAUGUGUUUGUCCUUUUUCCGGACCUUUUUGUCAUGAG